AUGGUUCCUGAUCCGGAUCUGGUACACUAUGCCUGCAUUGCAAAGGGAACUACGGUCCUCGCUGAAUUCAAUUCCAGGGAUGAAAGCCUCGGUUCAAUCGCUGCAAAAUGCCUGGAGAAAACGCCACCGUUUCAUUCCACCUUCACUCACACCGUUAGGCGUCAAACCUACACCUUCCUGAUCCACGAUCCUUUUGCUUAUUUCGCGAUUUUCGACGAAAAUAUGGAGAAUUUUGAGGGGUUGGCAUUUCUGAGGAGCGUGAAGGAAGCUUUUGAUGUGGUUUAUAGUGGGGACUUGGGGAAAAGGAAAUUGGAACGUUUGACUUCCCAUUGUUUUCAGGGUGAAUUUAGUCCGGUUUUUCAUCAAUUGGUAGGUCCUGGGCCAGAAAUGGACAGCCCGGGUUCACCGGUCGGACGGCGAUUAGUCCAAAGCGGGGUUCUAUGUUCCGAUUCAGGUUCUCUGAGGGGAAGAUCAAAUGGGGAUUUUGGAAAGAGGCUAUUUGGUGAAUUCAAAACGGGUGGUGGCAGAGGGGUAAAGGGGAGACGACAUUUCGAGAAGAAGCUCAAUAAGGACGACGAUGAUGAUCAUGAAGGAGGAGAGGGAAUCGGAUUGAGCCGGGAAUAUUCAAUUGUAAUGCAAAAAAAUGGGUUGUACUCUGGAGAAUUAAUGGGACAACACAAGGCAAAGACUGUCUGGAAAAAGCAAGUUUGGGUUAUUUUAUCGCUAGAUUUGUUCAUUUGUGCUAUCCUGUUCAUCGUUUGGUUGUGGGUUUGCCGCGGUUUCAAAUGCAUUGACAGUUGA